AUGUCUAGUAGAGCUUCUCUGAAAACAAGGAGAAAAUCAACCCGGAAGAAGAUCGAACCAAUAGAUCCCUUGCAAAUCACCGAGGAUUUAGGAAUACAAACAUUUCGUCGUGAAUCAAGAAAACCAUGGACUCCCGAAGAAGAUUCAUUACUCGUGUCGCUAGUUCAAAGGCAUCUUGAUGAAAGACUCUCAUCCCCUUUAAUAACAUCGUUACCAGUAUCAAAUCACGGAUCAACAAAUCUAACGUCUCCAAUUACCAUUUCACAAACCAAUCCAAACGCAAUAUUUGAAUCAGAAAAUCCUGAAAAACAACUCAUUCCAAUUGAUAAAAUCCCUUGGGACAUCAUCUCUACCCAACUCCCAGAUAGAAAACUAAAAGAUUGCCGUAAAAGAUGGUCAAAUUCUCUUGAUCCAAAUCUAAGAAAGGGCCGAUGGACAAAGGCGGAGGAUGAGCUUCUCAUAGCAGCCCACAAAGAGCACGGGCCAUCUUGGCAAAAGGUGGCACUCUCAAUUCCAGGAAGAACUGAUGAUCAAUGCGCUAAGCGUUAUAUUGAGGUUCUUGAUCCAUCUAUGACCCAAGAUAGGCUAAGGGUCUGGUCUGUCGAGGAAGAUCUUGCUUUGACUGCCUUAGUCAAGAAAUUUGGAACUCGUUGGAGAACAGUAUCCCUUGGAAUGAAAAGUAGGCCCUCCUUAACAUGCCGUAAUCGUUGGAGAAAAGUAAUUACCGAUGUCACCAGGGGAAAAGCCGACAAGAGGGUUAUUAAGGCUGUGAAGGACAUUGAAGGUGCUGUUGGGUCGAAAAACACUACUGCCGCUUUGGCUAUAUCUUCAGCUGGCCUUUCAAAUAAAGCUAAGACUACUUCACGCUCAUCUUCUACCUCCUCAACUGCUCCUUCCACACCCAAAACCAAAAACCCUAAAAAAACACACGCUUGCAGCUCUUCAAAUUCUGGUUCGAUUACUUUGACCAAUCCUUCUCGACCAACCUCUUCUAGCUCGACCAAUUCUUCUGGAUCACGCUCUCGCUCUCGUUCCUGUACAGUAACAAGAAGUAACCAAAAACAAGCAUCUGAUGCCAGUACUCCAAGAAGCUCAACUACCCCAAGAAAUUCUCUCACUAUUGACAUGUCACACAUAAAACAGCUACAACAAAAUUCUGUGCCUCAAAGUAUUUCAGUUGCAAACUCUGCCGUGUCUACCCCGGUAACUCAACUAAGCCGCAAUUUUGAGCGAACCUUGAUUAGCACUUCUGGUAAUAAUCCGCAUUCUCACCAUCUACACUCGAAUUUUCAAGCUAAUACUCCUUACCCAAUGGCCAUGUAUCAACAAGAAACAAACAGGAAUGGUGAACGUGAUUCUUUUGAGGAUGUAAACACAACACCAAGGGUUAAUGUAACCGGUAGUGGGAAUGGCCAUUUGGAUGGCGAUCCUUUGCAAUCUCCGGUGGUCCUCACAGAAGAGCGUUCGGACGUUAAUGUUAAUGGUGCGUUUGGGAAUGACUGCUUAGGUACUGGAAUGUCCAACAUGAGUGCUGAGAACCACUGUGUUGAUAGAAAUUGCUUCAAUAACUCUGUAGCUGGAGAGAACAUGAAUCAAAAUGAUGCAUUUUUAACCAUGCAGAAUAUGAAUAUUAGACCAGUAAACAGUGGCCAAAAUAAUUCUUCUACAAAUGAUCAAGAAGGACAAGGCGUUGGAUUUAGAGUUUACAUGGAAGAUAAGACUGGAAGAAGACUCUCUGAUCCAUCAUUUCAAGGCAUAAACCCUCCAAAUACGGGCUCUUUCAUGUCUCCGUACAAUGGGGCUCUUACUAGUUUACCAGAAAGCCCCGGAGGAAUGAACAGGUUCUUAGCUAAAUGUAGAGAAGCUGGAGUGAAAUUUUCUGUUAUUCAAUAUCAAAAUUACAAUUAUCAUAAUACAGAUCAACAGCAACAGUUCCAACCAGGGCAAUUCCAAAAUACAUCCUCUGCAGCGAUCUCCGGAAAAAUACAGCAGCAGCAGCAACCACAGUCGCAACCACAACAUCAACCACAAUCUCCUAAUGAAUUCACUCAGUUACGCGUUCAACAGUUAACGCACAAAUACGGCCUGCCUACUUCAAUGUCCCACUCCCGGCAUAAUUCUUCUUCUCAUUCACGCCCAACUUCUGCCGAUAUGUCCAACAUGAACUUUUCCCAUGUGGGGAAAUGGACAGAUCCUAGUGUUUCAAGUGACGCUAUCAACCUAGCACGCCGUCAUCUGAGCUCAGCUCAAGGCAACCUUGGUGGCUCAGCUCAAGGGAUCUCCAAGAGAUCUCUGAUUGUCGCAGCUCCAAAUAAUGUACCAGCGAAUUCUAAUAUAUCACGCAGAAAGUCAGUUUCACUGGUUUCAUCUACUACUUCCUCUAAGUUUAGUGGGCGAAGUCCAAGGCUGAGAUCUUCCAGAUCCAACGUCAACUCAGUGAGUACAACUCCUUAUGCUGAAGUUGGUGGUAUACACAACUCAAAUUUGAUUUCUGGUAACAGUACUCUUAACAAUGCUGUGAUUUCGGCACCUGGUCAUGGUCAUGGUUCUGUUCCGAUUGCACCUGGUUAUGGUGUAGCUGCUGGUCUAUGUGCUCCUAAUGGUGCUUUGUCGUCAGGUCCCCGUAGUAGUUUGGCCACUAAUAAUAUCAACUUGAAUAUGGGUGGUGGUAUUAAUAUGGGAAUUGACAUGCCAUACGCACCAGAGGAAUUAGAAGAAGGCAUCGAUUUCUGGGAUGAUAUUCGCUAUUCGCGACCACCUACUCUGAACCUGGCCAUGAAUCCAAACAUCAAUCAGAACACAUCUUCUUCCACAGGGGGUGGUAUUUCUCAAAUGGCUCCUCUCAUUCCUUCUCCUAAUAGAACCCAAGCUUUACGCUAUUCUCCCCAGCAAACCAUUAUAGCUGCUACAAGUGGCAAUCAUAUAGAGAAUUCCAGAGAUGUUCAAGGCUCUACUGUGGUAGGAGAAUCUUUGGAGAUUUUAGGAGCCCCAGUAUCUCAACAUCAUCCUUUGCAUUAUGAACAGCCUUCUGGAGACUCUAUGGGAUUCGAGGAUUACGGGGGCUUCUUUUACGGUGCCAAUGAUGGAUAUAAUGGAGAUGAUAACACUGGCAAUGAUGAGAACAACGUGUACCGUGCAUACGUUGCGGCGAAUGGAGCUUAUGGUGCCGAAGGUAUUAACGGAGGUUACGAAAAUGAUUUUGACGAAGAUCAGUUGCCAUUUGGUUUACCUUUCAAUCCAUCUUAA